AUGUUCGCUCUGACCCUCCGGCGUCAACUGCACCGUUCUCUGCCCCCACUCACCCGGGGCCUCGCCCAGCUCACCCAAACCGAUAUCGAUCAUUUCCUCACUCUCCUUCCUCCUUCAUCCGUGCGCGCUUCCCUCGCCCCGGGGACCUCCACACCAGCCGAUCUGGAGGGGUACAACACCGAUUGGAUGGGCAAGUACAUUGGCGGGUCGCGCUGUGUCUUGACCCCUAAGACGACGGAGGAGGUGAGCAAGGCCAUGGGGUACUGUUUUGAGCGUGGGUUGGGGGUUGUCCCUCAGGGAGGGAAUACGGGGCUCGUAGGCGGAGGGACCCCAACAGGAGAAGAUCAAGUCGUCAUCUCCCUCUCUCAGAUGAACCGGAUCCGCUCGUUCAACCCUUCCUCAGGCGUGCUCACCGCCGACGCGGGGUGCGUCCUCCAGUCCCUCGCUACCUUCCUCGCCUCUGAGGGGUAUACGAUGCCUCUCGACCUGGGGGCGAAGGGGUCCUGCCAGAUCGGGGGUAACAUCAGUACCAACGCUGGUGGGCUGAGGAUGGUACGAUACGGGAGCUUGCACGCGAAUGUUCUCGGCCUCGAAGUCGUCAUGCCUGAUGGGAGGGUGCUGAAUGGGCUCCGAGGACUGAGGAAGGACAAUACCGGGUAUCACCUGCAGCACCUGUUCGUCGGCGCCGAGGGGACACUGGGGGUGGUGACCGGUGUGAGCCUGCUCACGCCCGUCCUGUCCCCCAGUGUUAACCUCGCCCUCCUCCGUUUGCCGGACUACGCUGCAGUGCUGCGCGUGUUUGGGAAGCUCAAGCACAGCCUGGGCGAGAUCCUCAGCGCGGUGGAGUACUUUGACGAGACGGCCUGGGCUGUCGUCUCGGGUGACGGGGCACAAGGGGAGGAAGUGGAGCGUCAAGUGUUCGGCGCGGAGCAUGUGCCGAAGGGGGUGAACAUGCUCAUCGAGACUUCGGGAAGCGUGGCAGAGCACGACGAGGCGAAGCUUUCCUCUCUCCUCGAAGAGCUGCUCGAGGGUCCAGACGUGCUCACGGGCAGUUUGGCACAGGACGAGACCCAGCUGGCUAGGAUGUGGGAGCUGAGGGAAGGGAUUGCCGAAGCGUGUGGCAAGGCAGGCAAAGUGUACAAGUACGACGUGAGCGUGCCGAUCCAGGAAUGGCAGAACGUGCUCGACACGCUGCGUGCGAGGGCUAAGAAGAGCGGGGGGAGGAUUGAGCGGGUGGUCGGGUUUGGACAUAUUGGGGAUGGGAAUUUGCAUAUUAACGUCGUGUGUGGAGCGUAUGGGAAAGAGGUGGAACAGUUGUUGGAACCGUUUAUGUUCGAGCUAGUUGCAUCGAAAAACGGCUCCAUAAGCGCCGAGCACGGUCUCGGCGUCCAGAAAGCAAAGUACAUCGGGUACAGCAAGACGCCGCUCGAAGUUGAGCUCAUGCGGAGUAUCAAGCACGCUUUCGAUCUGAAGGGGAUCAUGAACCCAGGGAAGGUGAUCUUACCUGCAUCAGAGGUUGUUCAUUAG